AGCAGUUCUGGAAUCACUGGCAGAAGCUGAGCCUGACCACUACCAAGAUGAUCCUGAUGCUGUUGCUCAGCCUUACGGGGGCCCUAGGCUGGGGGCUGCUGGGGGCCUGGGCCCAGGCCCCUGGUACCAUAUUCUCUGAUCCACACAGCCAAGGGCAGCCGGGGGUCUGGAGGGCAGAGGCUGAGGACAUCGGCAGGGACCCCAUCAAACGUAACUGGUGCCCCUAUCAGAAGUCCAGGCUGGUCACCUUCGUAGCUGCUUGCAAAACGGAGAAAUUCCUCAUUCACUCACAACAGCCAUGCCCACAGGGAGCUUUGGACUGCCAGAAAGUCAAAGUCAUGUACCGCGUGGCCCACAAGCCGGUGUACCAGGUCAAGCAGAAGGUGCUGGCCUCUGUGGCGUGGAGGUGCUGCCCAGGCUUUGCUGGCUCCGACUGUCAGCACUAUGAUCCUGGGGCAGUCCCUGAGCCUGCAGAUCCAGGUGAUGGCUUCCAGGAGCACUGGGAUGGACCAAAUGACUUUGAACCUGGCCACUCAGUUGCAGAGACUAGCAACAUCAUGGUGCUGCAGGAACGCCUGCUGAGAGAUCUCCAGAAUGAUAUUCAACACAUAAGCAACCUCACAGCUGAAUCGAUUGAGGCAAACCAGGCAGAGCUUGAGUUCCCUGGCAGAUCCUUGGAGGAAGUGCUACAUUUCAGCCCCAUUUGGAGUAGCUUUAACCAAAGCCUGCACAGCCUCUUUGAGGCCAUAAGAAACCUAUCUCUUGACAUGGAGGCCAACCGACAGGCCAUCAAAAUGGUCCAAGACAGCACUGUGCCCAGAGCUGACUUCCAGGAGCUUGGUGCCAAAUUUGAGACCAAGGUCCAGGAGAAUGCCCAGAGAGUGGGCCAGCUGCAGCAGGACAUGGAGGAUCGCUUGCAUGCCCAGCACCUUUCCCUGAACCACUCCCUCUCUGAGGUCCAGGCCAAUGUAGACACCAAGUUGAAAAGGCUCCUUAAGGCCCAGGAGCACCUGGGGUCCAAUGGCAGCUUGGUGGCAGCAGCAGCAGGGGCUGGGGCAAGGCCAGAGCCAGAGAGCCUGCAGGCCAGGCUGGGCCAGCUGCAGAGGAACCUCUCAGCCCUGCACUUGGCCACCAGCCACAGGGAAGAGGAGUUACAGAGCACCCUGGCAGACAUGAAGACGACCCUCGCCCGGCAUGUGGAAGAGAUCAGGGAGCUAUAUUCUGAAUCUGAUGAGACCUUCGAUCAGAUCAGCAAGGUGGAGCAGCAGAUGGAGAAGCUUCAGGUGAACUCUCAGGCGCUGCGUGAGCUGCGGGUGAUGCUGAUGGAGAAGUCGCUUAUUGUGGAGGAGAACAAAGUGGAGACUGAUAGGCAGCUCCUGGAGCUCAACCUUACCCUCCAGCACCUGCAGGGUGGUCACGCUGACCUCAUCAAGUACAUCAAUGACUGCAACUGCCAGAAGGUCUCUUCAGGCCUGGAUGUUGUCCAGGAGGGCCACAGGAACACCGUGCACAGCCUGCACGACACCCAGGUGAGUAUGGACCGGAAGGCCCAGCAAGACAACUCCUCCCUGCAGGCCCUAAGCCACACGGUGGCUGCCGUGUCGCGGGCAGUGGCUGAACAUCAGGAGGACGGUGAGCAUGCUCGAGUAGAGCGUUCGCGGCUCCGGACCCAGCUGCAGGCGCUGAGUGGCGAGGUGGGCGCACUGAAGGCUGCUGAGAGCCAUUGCCGGCGCGAGGUCCGCCAGCUGCACAGCUCCUUUGCGGCCCUGCUGGAGGAUGCGCUCCGGCACGAGGCCAUGCUGACCGCGCUCUUUGGCGAAGAGGUGAUGAGGUUUGAGGAGGCGCCCGACCCACUUCCCCUGCGCUAUGAGGAGAUCCGCGCCGGCCUCCAUGAUGCAGCCAGCGGGCUGCGUGAGCAGGCACUUGGCUGGGCCGCGCUGGCCGCCAGGGUGUCGGCCCUGGAACAGGCGGCAGUAGGUGACAGGCAGGGCCCAGAGCGCCUGGAGCCCAGCCACGAGGCAGUGCCAGAGGAGGCUGGAGAGACGGACCCCGCGCAACUGGCACUGCAGCUCCAGCGCCUGGGCCCUGACAUUGAGAGCCUGGGGCAGUGCUGUGAGGCCUCCUGGGUCACCGCCCUCCACAGCUCCCUGGAGAGCCUCCACAGAGCCGUCUCCACCACCCAGCGAGGCCUGGAGCACCAUCAGCAUCUCUUCCACAGCCUCUUUGGGAACUUCCAAGGGCUUGUGGCAGCCAACAUCAGCCUUGACCUGGGGAAGUUGCAGGCCAUGCUGAACAGAAAAGGGAAGAAGCAGCAAAAAGGUCUGGAAGCUUCUCGGAAGAGAAAGAAUCAAGUGGAACCUUUGGCUGAUGUCCUGGGAGCAGAGCUCCACAAGGCAGGGUUCCCUGUGGCCUUCUAUGCCAGCUUUUCAGAAGGGACGGCCACUCUGCAGGCAGUGAAGUUCAACACUACUUACGUCAACAUUGGCAGCAGCUACUUCCCUGAAGAUGGCUAUUUCCGAGCCCCUGAACGUGGGGUCUACCUCUUUGCAGUGAGCAUUGAAUUCGGCCCAGGGCCAGGCACUGGGCAGCUAGUGUUUGGAGGUCACUAUCGGACCACUGUCAGUACCACUGGGGAGCAGAGUGGUGGAAGCACGGCAACUACCUUUGCUCUGGCUGAGCUGCAAAAGGAUGAGAGAGUGUGGUUUGAGUUAACCCAGGGAUCAAUAAUGAAGAGAAGCCUAUCGGGCACUGCGUUUGGGGGGAUCCUGGUGUUUAAGACCUGAACACUGGGUGCGGCUCACCAGACGUUGUGGACUUGCCCAGCUCUCUGUGGCCUGGGGCUCUGACCAGGGUUGGUCUGGAGACUGUCCAAGUUGGUCUAGGUAUUCCCUGGAAACCUGUGAAGAUAAUGGGCCUCCCUCUAGAUACACUGAGUUUGGGUAUUUCUUAGCAAUGAGGAUUGCUGGAUGCUCCUCUCUGGGCUGGGCCUGGGCUGAAGAGGGUGAAGCUUGGUUCGGGUGCCUUCUGAGGCAGCACGGCUUGGACCUGAGCUCUUUCCCUCUCUGUAUUCUCCAGCCUCUUUGGUGUUUUGCCCCUCCUGUGGUUGAAAACUUCUGUACAACACUAAACCUUUCUCCCACUUCCUCAUAUCCCUAAUCUUAUGCUAGAAAAUCAUUUUUUCCCAGAAGGAAUUUGUUUAAAAGAGGUGACAUUUUGGGCAAUAUUGGAAACACUCUCCAC